CUGUGUUUUGAGGUUCAUUAAACUUGUCCCUGGUGGAGAUAUUGACCACUAAAUAGUGGAAAAUAUCUCUCCCUUUUAUUGUAUUUAUUUCUGUGUUUGGUUUUAAUUAUUUAUUGGUUUUAGUAAAGGUUUUAGCCUUUAACUGGUGGUGCCUCCACCAUGGCGGCUAGCCAUGCCGGCAUGCGGAGGCACCACAGUGUGCGCUUUUUAUUUACGGAAAAAGGAAAAGAAAAUGGUUUGACAAGACUGGAUUUUUCAAGGAAAUUGAUUCAGCAGACUUUGAAAUUUCGGCCGGAUGACCUGAAUUGUAUCCUCUCCCUGCCUUUCAAUAAAGGAUAUGACGUAAGUUUUUGCUCUGCCGCACUGUUAAAAGAUUUCUGGACACGGUUUGAGAAUGCUAAGACCCAGUUUUCGGCUUUUGACGUUGAGAAACUGACUGACAACUCCCUGAAAACGGUGAUUGUCAGGAUGUUCAAUGAGACUGUCAGUGCCCAAGACAUCUGUAUGUGGCUGGGUAGAUACUGCACUGUGAGAGGCCAGGCUAUGAAGGUGCGGGAUGUGGACGGCAUCUGGAACUGCGCUUGGCGGGUCCCCAUCAAACAAUGGGAGGACCCCCAAGGCUUCCAGGGCCUGAAACAUCUCCCAUCCAUGAUAGUCCUGGGGGAGAACAGAGGCUAUAUUCACUAUCAAGGCCAACCCAAACUGUGUCGGAAAUGCGGCGAGCACGGUCAUCUGGCCGAAACUUGUGAUAAGAUUUUCUGUGGAAAAUGUAGAGAAGUGGGACACACUUUUGAUGAAUGUACGAACGGGCGAAAAUGUAAUUUGUGUGGCGGACAAGAUCAUUUGUUCAGAGACUGUCCAAAGUCUUUUGCCAACAAAUUAAAAAUAAGAAAGGAACCGGUAACGGAUAUGGCAAAUGAGCAAGUGGACGCAGCUGGGCCAGAAAAUUCAAAUCUCCUGCCAAAUCCUCUGAUUGGAGGAGAGGAGGAGGAGGAGGCGGGAAGCGGGGAGGGGAAGGAAGCACCCCCCCAAACCGAAACAUCCAGUGAGGGGGGGGAGAUGCAGACCGAAGGCGGAGCUAGCCCUGACUCCUCUGAGGAGGAACAGACAGACAGCAGCGAUGAUGCCCCCCUCCCCGACGCCCAGCUGUCAAAGAGGCCGGCACCUGAGUCCUCCUCCGAGGUCACUACCACGGCGGAGAAGCGAGGAAGACUGGAGGAACUCUUCGGUUCCUUCGGGGAGGAAUCCCGGAUUUUCCUCGCGGGCUCACCAAGUGAGACCUCGUUACAUUUUGUUCAACAAUCAACCCCGGAGGACCCAAAUAAGGACCGGGAAUCAGUAACCACAGUGCGCAGCCUCCGGUAUGGAGAUGACAUCACUGUUUGGCGCAACGCGAGCCAUCCCGUCCUUUCGAACAGACUCCAGGACCUAUCCUGGAUGGUGGCUCAUGGGAUCCUGCCGGUCAGAGCCGUAAUGCACUCCCGCGGCAUGUCUGCGUCGUCCAUCUGCCCCCGACCCGGUUGUGGCGCGCCGGAGUCGGUGAGGCACCUGCUGUGGGAGUGCAGCGCUGCUGUGGACCUGUGGGCGAAGGCCGGCUCCUUGCAAUUCCCACACUUGCCAGCAAGGGAGGUCCUAAACGUACAAUUAGUGCUGUACGGGGUGAGCCACCAGAAAAAGAACAAAAAAGACUUUGAGGAGAUGUGGCUCACCCUUGCCACCAUCAAAGACGCCACCUGGACCUCCAGAAACUUGCUGGUGAGCAGGCGCAGGCAGAUCCCCCCGGUGGCUGUGAUCCGGAUGGCAGCAGCAAAAAGAACAACAUCGAGGGCUGCAGGUGGCGCGCCAAGGACACAGCCACCAAGAAGAAUCGCCUGCGCCUCUGUGGACGUAGGAGCCGGCGCACCACGAACAGAGGUCCAAGCAGCGGCGGCCUGGCCCUCCGGGUGAGGCAGGAGGGAAGGAGCUUCAGGGCAGGCUUCCCCUCUGGGCCCCAGCGCUGUUUUGGAAGAACGGGAUGGCUCUGAACUUUGUAAGGGGAACCCCGGUCCUGUACAACUUUUAACACCUAGAGCCUUUGUGUUUUUUAUCCCUGUUUUAAGCUCCUUUUAGUUUGAAAUGGAAAUGGUGUUUUAAUCUUUCUUAAACGAAAACGAAAGAAAAAAUUUCUGUAUAACAGUAAAAAUGUCGUGUAUUUAAAUUGUUUGAAGUAACAAUAAAAAUUUUUCGAAAGAAAAAUUCUGUUCUUAUCAGUUUAAUAUCUGAUAGUCUCCUUUUCGGGGACCUUAUAUUAAAUUGAUUUUUGGAACAAGGAGACGUAGGAAGGGCUUGCUCUGUACUCUCCGCGCAUCAUCCUGGUAUUGCAGUAUAUCCAGGUAUGGUGCACCUUUCUUAUAUUGUUUAAUGAAAACCGAUGACAUUAGUAAAUGAAGCAUUAUUGAUUUCCAGUUACUUGUUAAAGCUGAUAUCUUUUCAAAAAUAUAUAAACAAAACAUGGAGAAAAUGUUCAUCCCUUCAUUGUCUUCUGAUAAUGUAUCUGUUCAUUCUCAGCAACAAUAACUGGACAGAUAUGGCACAGAUUCUGAACAGGGUCCUCUUAUUUGCUCAGAUUCAUUCUGAUGAUGUUUGAAAAAAAUAUUCAGUAGACCGGUAGGGACCAAAGUGGAUCUUUGUUGUUUGCUGGAAGUUGCAAUGUCAGCUACACCUGAUGUAAAAUAACAGCAUUUCAGGGAAGUAACUUUAUACAGACAGUAAAACAUUGGAGUGGUAGUGUGAUGGUUUGGGGCUACUUUGCUCCUUCGUAAUCCAGAGUAUUUUGCCGUAACUUCUAGAAUCUUUAGGUCUAUUUGACAGGACUGCGUUACAAAGCAUUGCAGAAAAUUCACGUUCCCACUUUUUUGAGUCCGUUUAGCUUAAAAACUCCACCUGGUAGUUGAAUUAACACAAUUCUGAGUGGUCCAAAAUUCAUCCACAAGAAAAUAAAAGACACAUUGGAUCAAAAGUUGGGGCAACCAGUUUUUUUGGGUUAUUUACGUAGAGCCAAAUCAUCAUUUGAAAACGACUUUUUGCUUCAUGCUAACAUUAGUUUAUCAAUAUGAAAUGCUUAAGUGCAGCAAACACUAUAUGUGUUUAAUGUGGGAAAAUGUAUAAACCAGAUAGUAAGAUGCCAUCGUCUUGUGUUACUGAUAGUUGUUAACAUCACAACCGUUAGCAUAGCAAUCAUUUCAGUUUUCUGACCCUUAGCU